GGACUACACGGCAGCGGAGGGCGGAGCCUGGAGGGACUCAAGACGCGCAGCCUAUCAUAAAGUUUGUCACUCCUGAGAAUGCUGCUUACCUGUGCGCCGAAACGCCGAUAUUGCCUCACCUGGACCAUCUGCGAUGAAGAAAAUCAUUUGAAAUAUGAUGAGGAUAUUAUUUUUCUGUGCACUUUUCUCGACGAAGGGAACAAGCAGUAGAGCUGAGCUGAGACACAGUUUCUCCAACCAAGGUGCAUUUAUUCCAUAAAGAAAGUAACAGCAGCAGCACAACAGGUUUUCUCGAUGCAUCACCAUCCUAUCAUGUGGUAGUAUUCUCAGCAUUACCCAAAAAAUAUUGAACAACACUUUGAGUGGCUGACCUCAUCAACAGUUUUGCACCUGCGCCUGCACCAGCUGCUCACAUGGCCCACCCUUACGAGCCUUGGUUACGGACAGCACCACCUGGUGGCAGCUCAGAAGACAUGAAUAUCCCCUCCUGGUGGGACCUCCACAGGGAUGUCCAACCAGGGAGCUGGAUAGACCUGCAGACGGGGCAGGGUGUUGGCUUGCCUUCAGUGAGUCCAGGGAGCUCCAUGGGACUGCAGUCCUCUUUAGGCCCAUAUGGCUCUGACCCACAGCUGUGCACCCUGCCUCCAGCUCAACAUGCUCCAGCUUCGCACUCAUCCCACCUCUUGCCCCAGGAUGGCUUCAAGAUGGAGCCACUGGCCCCUGACAUGCUGCAGCAAGAACCAUUCUCCUUGGAGGAACCACAGGAGCACGUUGUCUCUGCUCGACCCAAGCCACAGCGCCGUUCCUCUUCCAGAGGCGCUGGCCAGGCUGUGUGCCGCUGCCCUAACUGUGUCCAUGCAGAGCAGCUGGGUCAGAGCACUGAUGACAGCAGGAGGAAGCACAUGCACAACUGUCACAUCCCUGGCUGUGGCAAAGCUUAUGCCAAAACCUCCCAUCUCAAGGCCCACCUACGAUGGCAUAGUGGGGACCGGCCAUUCGUCUGCAACUGGCUCUUCUGUGGCAAGAGAUUCACUCGCUCUGAUGAACUGCAGCGCCACCUACAAACACACACUGGCGCUAAGAAGUUCAGCUGCGCUCUAUGUCCUCGAGUGUUUAUGCGCAAUGACCACCUGGCCAAACAUAUGCGCACACACGAGUCCCCGCCAGGACAUGGGGAGGAGAGAGUAAAUGGAGAUGGGAGGAUGGAUAAGAGCUUUGACGCAUCUACACCUCCUCAGUCAUCCUCUAAUGUGUCUGUGUCUGACACCACAGAGCCUCCACUGAAGCUGAAAUGUGAGACAGACCCCUCAGUGUCCAGUGUGACAGGGCAGUCUGGAUAAUUUCAUCACUUUGAGAAGAAUUUUUUGCAUUUAUAGGGUUUACCAUUUGUUCCAACCUCUGUCGCAGCGGUGUGAUAGUUUUAUGAUAGAAUAGAGAAUAGAAAAAGGGUUCAGACAAACUUCAAUUGAUGCUGGAUGGAACAGAAAGUGUUGGGCUAUGGUCCUGUGAAUUUAUGAACAGGGCCAACUUAGUGCUAAUCUAAAUGCACACAGAAAGAAACGGGAAUUUUGCUGAUUCUGUGGAUAGGACUCCUCUCUGUUUACUAAAAGCGAAGGUGGUUUAAGAGGCAACCAAGCUGAAGCUGCAGCUUGUUGCUGGACUUCCACUGCUGCUAGAAAUACUUCUACUACUAGUAGACCAAGAGACUGAGAUAAGAUCAAUUGAAGGUGGCUUCUUAACCUGUUUACAAUGAAAUUAUUCAAAUGUGUUACUGGCAGAUUUGGAGAAAUGUUUGUCUCCAACACCACUUACCAGUUUCAAAGGCAACAUGCUUUUGAAUGGGGAAAGGCGACAGUGAUAUUCUGUUUCUGUUUCAGACUGUCAACAUGUGUGUAGCCUACUGUGCAAGUUGUGAUAAGACACUGGAAUAUAAUACAGCGUUUUCUUAUUUUAAAAGGGUCAGUAGCCAUUUGGAUGGCUGAUAGUUAAUGCCACAAACCUGAGUGUGUGUGUGUGUGUGUGUGUGUGUUGGUAUGUUAGUAAUUAAAAUGGUACAUAAAGAAAAUGAAAGUACAACAGACAAUAAUGCUUUGCCAUGGCAACAUGGUAGCAUGUUGUAAUGUUGGUGCAACACUGACACAGUAAUAUGAGAUGAUAUGAUAUGAUAUGACACAAUAUGAUAUGAUACGAUAUUAUAAACAAUGUAAGUUUCAUGCACUAUAAUAACUACUAUCUACCAAAAAUACUGUGUUUCUGUCACCACCAUAGUUUUGAUGGCAAAACACUUAAUGAGAGUGAUCAUACAGUAUGAGAAUGUGAACACUGAUUCAGGAUACCAGAUGGAAAGAAGUGAUGUGAACAAUCAUUAAGGUUGACAAUGAUGUGAAAAAGAUAAAAUCACAACUAAUUGAACCUAAGUGUUCAGAGCUGAUGAGGACAGUGACGCCCUCCACUCUUUGCAGGUAGGAACAAGAAGACCACGCUGACCAUCAUGAUCUCGCUAAAGCCAGACAUGCAGAGAUCAAAUGGAUCCUGAUCAAAUGGAUUCUGGUUUCUAUUGUAAAUGCUGAUGACAAUGAACAUAUUUGGCAGUAAACACAACACAUCCACCAUGUCGACACUGCAGCUGCUACUGGGGUACGAAAUGAGACUUCCAGAGAGGUAGUGCACUCCAAUGGCCUCUGUAGUCUCAAGAUUUAAAGCUGCACUAAUAAAUAUUUAAAUUACUUGCUCACAGUAAAGAAUUCAAAGAAUUAAGUCUCAGCUCUACUAAGCACACAAUGUUUUAAUGUAUUUAACCUCACUGUUUUGGUUUUCUGCUCAAAUUUAAUUUUUUGUUUUGGUUUAGUCUCAUCGCUUUCAUCAAGCUCAUCCCCAGCAGCAGGCAGCUGUAGUCGCCAAAAACAUUAUGAUGAGCCUACUGGAGACUGAUCAUUCAGCAUCAGACAUCAGAAAGGCAAGAUUAGCUACUAGCAAGUGAACAUAGAGGAGCAUUUAGCAGUUCGUCAUAAUGUCUUGUUAUGGUGCUAAUAGGCCUGUGUUAUUGUCAUGUUUACAGCUUGUUCAGCUGGAGGCCAAAAAAUGAGUUGUUACUGCUCUUGCUAACAUUAACAAAAAAUCUUGAAAGUACUCACCUUAAAUUCAUGCCUCAGAGGUUCAGGCGGGGUUGGAAGAAGAAGGUUGUUCCUCAUUAAGGGUUUAUACAGUUCUUCCAAGUAUCAUUAGCUUGAUUAACAUUUGCAUGUUGGAUCAAGCUGUAGUCCCAUUCAUCAACAAAGAAUGUGUGAUGGGCUCAUCUCUCAACACAUUUUAUUAACAACUGUUGGUGUGUCUGCACUUUUUUCAGUGACAGAGAUAAAUCGUUUAACAAAACUCUUUUCUUGGAACAUUGCAACCAUUUGACUCUGAAUUAGUAUGCAGAGAAAGACUGUUAACAGUCUUAUAAAAUUAAUAAAAUGCAGUAUAACAACACAUGCAUCAGAAAUUGUUUAGGUUACUUGUUUUGAAUAGUUAACUUUCUUAAUCAAUAUUAUCUGAUCAGUAGUUCUGUAGCAAGCAGUGCGAGUGGCUUUACAGUUUAAAACACUAUUAGGAUGUAUGUAAACCAUCAGACAUUAGACUGAGAUUUAUAUAUAGGCCUGUAGCCUAUUAGAGAGCUUGCAUUAUUGGAGGCUCGCUGUAUUUUUGUAUAGAAGAUAAGAAAUGGAAGACAGUGCUUAAACUUAGUCAAUUAUUGUGUAUUCACUAUUAUUAUUAUUGUUAUUCUGUGUUAAUGAUAUUACAGAUAGUCUUUCAUGCUGGUCAGUAGAACAAAAUGGACAGUUUUUUUAAAUUGGUUGCUGUAGAAGAUAUUUUAGUUGACUGUACUGAAAUGAGUUCUAAAACUUUUAAUAAGUUAAGUAUCAUGGAGUAAUAACUUGUAUUUAAUCUAUUAUUGUCGUUUAGUAAAUAAAAAAACUAUAGUCUGUG